AUGAUUGGUGUCGUGGUUGUUGCACAAUUGUUUUCUUCUGUUUAUUUCAGUGCUUGGUCAAACAGAUCAUAUUUCAGACCAUUGAUCUUUAGCAACAUUGUUCCUUUCAUGGGUAAUGUCAUGCUUGGUUCAGCUAGAGCUGUGAACAGAAGGUUUCCUAUGGCAUUCACCACCACAAUGUUGUCACGUGGUAUGCUUGGAAUUGUUGGGUUCACAAAAAAAGAUCUAGGAAAUGCGAAAACAACUAUCUAUUGGGUGACUGGUUACGAAAGAUAUGCUUCAAGUGGUCAUCAUUUAUGUUCAGGUGUUGGUUUAGAUAAGCCAAACGGAUGGGGAUUUGAUACUACACAGGUUGAUAAUAUUCUCAAAAAUUUGAAAGUGAGGAUGAUGAAGAAGAAACAGGCUUACCAAAGGACAAUAGUGAAAAAACUACACGUCCCCAAGGAAGGUCAUUUUCUUGCUCAAAAAAAAAUUUAA